UCUUAUUACUACUAAAAUCCUUUGUCUCUUCAAAAAUCCAACCAAUCCACAAAGAUAAGACACAGAAUCACAACAAACCAGAAAACAGAAAACAACAACGUCAUGAAGCAUCUAAAACUAGCAGCAGAUGUAACAAGAAAAUCGUACCAAGCCUUCUCUUCAUCUUCAGCAUGUCUGAAACGUGGAUUCGUCACUCGUAGCCACACAGCAGACCCAGAUAUUCAUUCAGGACAACAAAAACCCGGUUACACUAAUUCCAGAAUUUCACCUCAAGGUACAAGUAGAGGUGAUACUGAUAGUGACACAGAUACGAAGUUUACUGAAUCAGAAAAAGGAGAAGGAAUUUUCGAGUCACCAAAAUCUCCAUGUCAAUCUUCCCCGAAACUCAAGAGUACAGGCGUGAACCAGCCGUUGGAUCCAAACAUUCAACAAAAGAGAAAACACGGGACAAUAGCUUUAGAGGAUGUGAGUUGUGCUGGUUUAGAUGGAACUCCAUGGCCAGAAGAAAAAGAUAAGAAACAAAACGAGGAUAACAAAGAUUACGAUAAGCAUCAUAAGGCGUCUCCGUUAUCGGAAUUGGAGUUUGCAGAUACGAGAAAACCGGCGACUCGUGUUAUGCAUGGAACUGCGGAUUCUGGACAAGGUGGAGAAGUGAUUAGUUGGUUGCCGGGACAGCUUGAAACUGCGGAGGAGACGCUGUUGAGGACUGCGGAGAUGUGGCGGCAGAGAGCAAUGCAUGGGGAUCCUGACGCUCCUCAUUCAAGGGUUCUUAGAGCUCUUCGUGGUGAAGAGUUUUGAAUUUUAUGAGUAAUGAAUGUUCACGAGUCCAUGUAGAGUAGAAGUGUAAUUUGAAUCAAUAAUAAUAGCAGUGUAUUAUAGAAAUAAAUUAACUCGUACGAAAAGUUAUAUUAACUCUUUAUCAGAGUUUAUAAGCAA